UAAAAAUGUGGUAAUUGAUAAAAGUGUGCUAAUUGAUAAAAAUGUGCUAAUUGAUAAAAAUGUGCUAAUUGAUAUAAAUGUGCUAAUUGAUAAAAAUGUGGUAAUUGAUAAAAAUGUGGUAAUUGAUGAAUGCUGACGCUGCUGAAGCUCCUCCUCUUCCUGUCUGCAUGAUGAAGACGAGCUCUGUGAGCUGAAGGCACAGAAACCCAUCAUGCUGGCAGAAACUCUGACCGCCAAAGAGAGGGAGUCCAUGGAGGAGAAGGAGGAGAGGGAGGAGACGGUGGGAGACGGGGAGAAAGGCCAGCAGGAGGAAGAGAAGGAGGUGACUGAGGAGAAGGAGGAGGAGGAGCGAGGAGGAGCAGUGAAGGAGGAGGAGGAGGAGGAGGAGGAGGAGCUGCAGGAGCUCAGAGCUCAGGUGUUCCAGCUGCUGUUGGAGCUGGACGAGACCAGAGAAGUUUCCCAGAGACACGAGGAGAGUUUCCUGGAGCUGCAGGGUCUGUUGGAGGACGAGCGGCUGGCGAGCGCUCACCAGGCCGAGAGCUUCACCCGACAGAUCCAGAGACUGCAGGCUCAGCUGCGCUCGGUGCAGGAGGAGAUGGACAGUCUGGAGGAGGAGAAGGAGAGCGAGCUGGAGGAGGUGCACGAGGAGCUCCGUGCGGCUCAGGAGGAGGUGCUGAUGCUGCAGCAGGCGGCGGAGGAGGCGGCGGCGGAGCGGGAGAACGACAUCGCCUCGCUGCAGGAGGAGCUCUGCCGGCUGAGGGCGGAGCUACAGAGACUCCACGCCACGGCGCAAGAAUACGAGCUGGAGAUCACCACGCUGAGGGCCGAGAUCAGCAUGAAGACACACGGGGACACAGGUGACUUGGUUCAGCUGGAGGACGAGUUUGUCUCUCUGACGGACGAACGUCAGUUUCUGAACAGCAACAACAAAGAUCUGAGCAACAAAGUGGAGCAACUGCAAGAGCAACGACACACGACGUGUGAGGACGUGUACCUGGCAGUCAGAGCGGAGGGCGACUCUGAGCAGCUGAAGGCGGACUCUUACAUCACUCUGUCUCAGUGUGGAGACAGGAAACAGCCGGACCUGGAGGAUCCCGAGUCCUCGGCGGUCCAGGAUCAGGUCUGCAGCUCGGAGCUGGACGUCCUGAAGGUCCAGCUGAGCCGGGCCGAGGAGACGGCUCUCAGAGUCCAGACGGAGUGUGACGGUCUGAAGGGCGAGCUGGUCGACCUGCAGCAGCUGUACGACAGCAGCCAGCGGGACCGAGUCGCACUCGAGCAGGAGCUGCAGCGCUGCAAGGCCGAGCUGCAGAAACUGGCGGUCCGGAGGUCUCAGCAGAGCGACGCUGAGGGCUGGAACCUGGCGGUGGCAGCGGUUGCCGUGGCAGCCAUUGUAGUUCUGGUCGUCCCCAGCUUCACCAGGGCCUGAGGACCACGCAGGAAGUGACCUCACUGGGAUCUCUGGGGUUGCCGUCACCCAUUCAGCGCUGCCCUCAUACAUGUUGCCGUCCUGAUGUCUGCUUGUCGCAUCACCGAGAUGUUUCCACCUGAAGGCCUCAGACGUCAGUGAGUUCGGGAGGGAAAAGCAAUAAGAUAAAGACUAAGAUGAAGUCCUGCAGGAGCUCCGUUGGUGGAUUCACUGAUCGCCUGUCAGGUUUUUCAAACAUCCGCCAUCACGACCCGAGAGCCGGACUGGAAGUUGUCGCUUUGUAUUAUUUAAAAAAAUGUUCCAUUGGUUUUAAAAAAAGAAAUUACAAGGUGGACCAUUUUAACUGAGCUGCAAGAAGCUUCCUGAUCCUUUACUUCAGUCAACAACAGCUCAGUUACAGGUAAAAAAUAAAAUAAAAAAUGUUGACCAAAAGCAUUUUUAGCAAAAUAUCCUUAAAGUAAAAGUUCUUACAUGCAGAGAAGUCAUCUUAUUAUUAUAUAUAGUAGAUGUAUAUCAUAUUUUGCAUUAAUGCAGCAUUUAAAUGUUGGUGGUUAAAGAGGAGGAGCUGAACUUAAAUGUAAAAAAAACGGUACAUAUUUUAUUUGUCGAUAUACGUUUUGUAUGUAAAGUUUAAACUUCCAAAGUAACUUAAUGUGAAUGUAGUAAAUAGAAUAAUAGAAAUAUAAAGUAGCAUAGAAUACACUUCCAGAGUAAAUACAUUUAUUUAUUUAUUUAUUAAUGGUGCACUGUUUACAGAAAGAGUCUCAAACUGAUUUCAUGUCAGAGCUGCAGAUCAGGGAACUUAAUGUCAGAACCUUUGAAAACACAUUUUUACUGAAAACAAAUGGUGGAAAUGCUGCAACAUUCAAACUGUCGAACAAGAAACACCAAACAAACUUUAUACGUCAGCUACAAACGUGUUUAAACAGGAACAUUACUUAUUGAGAUAACAUUCUGCAGGUUUCUGCUUCGAGCUGACGGAGAGUAAAUGACGUGUUUCUACUGUUCAGCAGGAGAAUCUCCACAUUAACUUUAAUAUGUUUGAAGCGUUAUUGCAGCGAGUAAGAAGCUAAUGUUGCUACAGAGAACUACACAUGGUCACAUGACUUCCUGUCUCUACCGUUAGCUUCACACGCUAACCGACAAGCUAACCAGCCCUUUGACCAGCUAGCCAACCUGUAGCCUGAUAAAUAGUUUAUUAACAUAAUCUGUGAAGAACUGGACUGGAGGCCUUUUCGUGUCCGCCAUGAAGACGUUUAAUGUCCCGACGUCUCAUUUAGCCUCGAGUUAGCAGCCUUUUGGUUUACUUUUGGGGUUUUUUGUCAUUUUGUGCCUUUUUCGGAAAUUUUGACAUAUGUUUUGUCAUUUUACAUGUUUUUUUUGUUUUUUUAACGUAUAUUUUUUGGGUUGUUCUACAUCUUUUUUGUCCUUUUAUGCCUUUUUUGGUCCUUUUGUGUCUUUUUUGGGUAAUUUCACAUCUUUUUUUUGUAAUUUUACAUCUUUUUUUUAAAUUUUACAUCUUUUUUUGGUCAUUAUAAAUCUUUUUUUUCGUCAUUUUGUUUGAUAUUUGUAUCAUCAGCCUCUUGUUGGCAGCCGCCUUUUAAAAAAAACUCCAAACUUCACCAGUGGAGGUAUUUACGAACGUAUUUUAUAUCGUACAACAGAACUCGAACAUCUCUUCAGCUCGUGUGAACACAGAACUUAUUUCAGCUUCUAACCACCAACACAUUCAGAGUCCUUAAUAAUAAUUUAGUUUAUAAAACCAACAGUUGUUCCAGUUAUAAAUAUCUCACACAGAGAAAAUGUUUCGUGUUACAACAAUCAGUCUAAAUAUUGAUUAUUUUUGUCGAUCGACGAAUCGUUUUUGCCUUAAGUUUCCAUAAUGGAUUAAAAGAGAUUUUUGCACUUGUUGAGUUGAUGUUGGAGAGCAGAAAAAAGAGAUUAUUUAGUGUUUUAAAGACAUAAACUGCUUUAGUCCGGCUUCAUGCUGUGUGUUAUCUGACACGUGUUCGUUCUUCUGGAUUAUGUAACAAAUUUGUUCUGUAGCAUGAGAAAAAAAAAGAGCUUUAAUUUACCUACUUAUCCCUUUACAGAUCCAUGUAAAACGUCUGUAUUUGUAUGUUUAUAGUAGCGUACCUUCACAGCAGUAAAAUAGCACUUUUUUAAACUUUAGCAAGGAAUUUGUUGGAGCGGAAUCAUCCUGAUGAGAUUAUUUGUGUCGACUGAUUUCACUGUGCGAGUGUUAAGAGUUUAUUUACAUUUUAGAGGGAAAAUAGUUGUUUUUUUAUUGUAGAGACAGACGUUUUUUUAUUGUUAUUUUGGGAGAGAGCAGUCUAUAUGUUGUAGAAAGAGUGAUUAUGAAGUUGUGACAGUUUAUUAAUACAAAUUAUGUUUGAUUUAGGAUCUGAAGAAGAUCUUGAAAAUUUCUAAGAUUGAUGGUUUAGCUCUAAAACAGACAUUCAGGAUUAAUGUGGAAUAUUUUACCUUAAUAAAUUUAAUAUUUCCUGUCGUAUAUUAAACCGCGAUGGUGAUGGUGAAUACAAUAAUAUUCUGUGUGACCUUCACCACCAGCAGUUAUCUAAUUACUAUGAUUAUUUCUAUUAAUACUUUUAUUAAAGAUUAUUCACAAAGAUAGUUGUAAACAAAUCUUUCAAAAUGGGCAGGUGUCUGUAGUUAAAAAAAACAUUUUUUUUAAAUUAAAAUAGGUGAAGCUGUUAAGAUUAAGGUCUUUUUCUGAAGGGAGAAAAAAAAGUUUGUGGCAAAAAUAUCAAUCAUCAGUUUGAGAUCAGAAGAGGACCGAGAGUAGAGCCCUGUGGAACACCAAAGCUGACAUUAAAUAGAGAGCCACUGUAGUCACCAGACGACACAAACAGUUUAAAGUUAAUGCUUUAAAGAAAUCAUCACUGGACAAUCUGGCAGAAAUAAAAAUAAAAUGUUAUUAACAGCAGCACAAGGAGAGCAGCGACACUGUGUGAAAUAUUAUCGUCAGUCCAAAAAGUGAAACAUUAGUUAUAAAUGUAGAUGUUGACUAAGUAAUCUUUAAUAAAUUAAUACUUAGAGAAGUGACAAGUGUCCAAAACAUGAGAAAACUACCUUAAUCAUUAAUGGGGUAGGGCAGAUAUUAUUUAUCAAAGUUGUGUAUUUUGAAGAGAAGAGGACCGAGGCUAGAGCCCUGUGGAACACCAACACUAACAUUAAAAGUGAGACUUUUUAGCUUGCUGAACAGCCUUUUAAUGUAGCCACAAGAGAUCAAAGAUAAAUAAAAUUUCCCAACAUUUUUAUGUCAAAUACUUUAGAGACAUCAUCACUCGACUAUGUUGUGGAGCUGAAAUAAAAUUGUAUUAAUAGCAGCACAAGUAGCAAGUACGACGUGUAUUGUGAAUAGAAGAGGACCGAGACUAGAGCCUUGUGGAACACCAACACUAACAUUAAAAGUAAGACAAUUUAACUUUUGUUCAACAGCCUCUAAUGUAGCCACAAGAGGACACAGUUAUAUUAAAUUUCCCAACAUUUUCACAUAAAAUGCUUCAAAGACAUCCUCACUAGACAAUCUGGUGGAGCUAAAAUAAGAUGUUAUUAACAGCAGCACAAGUCGAGCAGCGACAAGUGUCCAAAACAUGAGGAAAUUACCUUAAUCCUUAAUUAGGUAGGUCAGGUAUUAUUUAUAUAUGUUGUGUUUUUUAUAAAUAGAAGAGGACCGAGACUAGAGCCUUGUGGAACACCAACGCUAACACUAAAAGUGAGACGUUUUAACUUAAGUUGAACAGCAGGACAUUUUCUGCAAAGAUAAAUUAACAUUUUAAUUUUCAUUGGACCAAAACUGAUGGGUCAGAGUGAACACAUUUUCUUUUGUUGAUAUACUUUAUGUUUUAAUCUUUUUAUAGGAGGUAGUUAAAUCCUUUAGACACGUUUCUGUUUGAUUCAUGUUUACAUUCAUCUGGUGACCAAAUAACGAAGUGAAGUGACUGUGAUCCGUGUUGGAAUCAGGUAUUUAGGUUAGAAACUCUUUUUAUUGUUUAAACUGUGACGAUGCAUGUGACCAAAUCUGAACAACAAAAUAAAAGACAUUCCAGUUUAAAUACGAGAACUCGUGAAAUGACGCUGUGGAGAAUCUAAAUAGAGAUUAAAAGCUGCUUUAUAAUUUAUCUGAAACAUUUUACUGAAAGAGAAAAACUGUGAUGAAGUGAGAGAGCAGGCAGAGUUUAAAAUAAGGUUAUUUCUGUAGCAUUUGAUGGAGUGGUGUAUAUAUAAUGUGGUUAAUAUCAGGAUGUAUUGUUCUCAAUGAUAAACAGCAUGUGUCUUUAGGACCUUUAUCACCUUUCAGCAUGUCGUUACUUUAAUAAGAUAAAAUGUGACAAACAGACAUAAAGUCACAACACGAUGAAGCUGCUGAUGUUUAUUUUUCAGGGUUUUCUUUGUAAAGUAUUGUUUCUACCAGGAAAAUAAUAAUAAUAUCAGUCAAAAUUCAGACUUUUAAAGCUAGAAUUAAGAUGAAAGUCAUAAUUUUGAGGUAUGGAGUAAAAACUAAGUUAAUAAUAAAAAAAAUCUGGGCUCCAAAUUCUAACAAAUUCAGUCAAUGUUUCGACUUGUGAAGUUGAAAUUGAUUUAAUAUGGUUUGAAUAACAUAUAUUUGAUUUAGUGAGUCAAACAUUUGACUUAAUAUCUGAUAAUUCUUCACUUUAAAAGUCUCGAUUGAUGAAAUGUGACGAUUUUAUUUUGGUAAAUAAUGAUGUUGUACUUUUGUCUUGAAUCCUGAUUUAGAGUUUGUCCUCGUUGAACUUUAAGUCGAUAACGUGUCAAAAAGUGAUUUUAUUUGUCCUCUCAGAGCUUUUAGUGCCAUCCUGGUAAAUGUUGUAACAUGUGGAUCAGUUUUGGUAGAAAGUGACAGAAAAAACUGUUUUUAUCUUGAUCUGUUACUGAGUAAAUCUUCAUGUAGCUGCAUGCUAACAACACUUUGUUUUUUAUUAACACUGAGUCAUAGUUUGCACUGAACAUAGAAUAAUUCCAGUUUAAAGUGAUUUCUUCCAUCUGAUCAGACUGUAGAAUAAUGUAGCUGAUGAUCGAUUCUCUCAUAUUUAUUGAUCUGUUUUGAGUCCAGAUUGUCAUUCUGACACAAAAAUGUUUUUAAUAAUUUGUGUGCCUUAAUGUAGCGCCGGUACAACUUUAAGUAGCUUAGCGACAUUCAGACAAACGUUAAGUAGCUUAGCGACAUUCAGACAAACGUUAUGUAGCUUAGCGACAUUCAGACAAACGUUAAGUAGCUUAGCAACAUUCAGACAAACGUUAUGUAGCUUAGCGACAUUCAGACAAACGUUAUGUAGCUUAGCGACAUUCAGACAAACGUUAUGUAGCUUAGCGACAGUCAGACAAACGUUAUGUAGCUUAGCAACAUUCAGACAAACGUUAGUAGCUUAGCGACAUUCAGACAAACGUUAAGUAGCUUAGCAACAUUCAGACAAACGUUAGUAGCUUAGCGACAUUCAGACAAACGUUAUGUAGCUUAGCGACAUUCAGACAAACGUUAUGUAGCUUAGCGACAUUCAGACAAACGUUAUGUAGCUUAGCGACAGUCAGACAAACGUUAUGUAGCUUAGCGACAUUCAGACAAACGUUAUGUAGCUUAGUGACAUUCAUACAAACGUUAUGUAGCUUAGCGACAUUCAGACAAACUUUAUGUAGCUUAGCGACAUUCAGACAAACGUUAUGUAGCUUAGCGACGUUCAGACAAACGUUAAGUAGCUUAGCGACAUUCAGACAAACGUUAUGUAGCUUAGCGACAUUCAGACAAACGUUAUGUAGCUUAGCGACAUUCAGACAAACGUUAUGUAGCUUAGCGACAUUCAGACAAACGUUAUGUAGCUUAGCGACAUUCAGACAAACGUUAUGUAGCUUAGCGACAGUCAGACAAACGUUAUGUAGCUUAGCAACAUUCAGACAAACGUUAGUAGCUUAGCAACAUUCAGACAAACGUUAGUAGCUUAGCGACAUUCAGACAAACGUUAUGUAGCUUAGCGACAUUCAGACAAACGUUAUGUAGCUUAGCGACAGUCAGACAAACGUUAUGUAGCUUAGCGACAUUCAGACAAACGUUAAGUAGCUUAGCAACAUUCAGACAAACGUUAGUAGCUUAGCGACAUUCAGACAAACGUUAUGUAGCUUAGCGACAUUCAGACAAACGUUAUGUAGCUUAGCGACAUUCAGACAAACGUUAUGUAGCUUAGCGACAGUCAGACAAACGUUAUGUAGCUUAGCGACAUUCAGACAAACGUUAUGUAGCUUAGUGACAUUCAUACAAACGUUAUGUAGCUUAGCGACAUUCAGACAAACUUUAUGUAGCUUAGCGACAUUCAGACAAAUGUUAUGUAGCUUGGCGACAUUCAGACAAACGUUAUGUAGCUUAGCGACAUUCAGACAAACUUUAUGUAGCUUAGCGACAUUCAGACAAACGUUAUGUAGCUUAGCGACAUUCAGACAAACUUUAUGUAGCUUAGCGUCAUUCAGACAAACUUUAUGUAGCUUAGCGACAUUCAGGCAAAUGUUAUGUAGCUUAGCGACAUUCAGACAAACGUUAUGUAGCUUAGCGACAUUCAGACAAACGUUAAGUAGCUUAGCGACAUUCAGACAAACGUUAUGUAGCUUAGCGACAUUCAGACAAACGUUAAGUAGCUUAGCGACAUUCAGACAAACGUUAUGUAGCUUAGCGACAUUCAGACAAACGUUAAGUAGCUUAGCGACAUUCAGACAAACGUUAUGUAGCUUAGCGACAUUCAGACAAACGUUAAGUAGCUUAGCGACAUUCAGACAAACGUUAAGUAGCUUAGCAUUGUCCGGACGAACAUUAAGUUUGUAGCUGUAGCUCAGUGUAGCAUGUUAGCUUUAGAGCAGUAAUUAUUAGCAUGCCACCAGACGAGUCUGAUCCGUAGCGUUAGCAUGAUCGAUGUGAUCCGACUCUUCCAUCAGUUAAACGGUUUUAUUAAUGAUUCUGUCGUUAAAGUUAAUAAGUCUGAUGUUAUAAAACCUUUUUUGUUUGUUUGAUGUUUCAGAAGUUUCAUCUCUGAGUCGUUUAUCUGAAACAGGACGAGGCUAGCGUAGCUUAGCUUAGCUGGGCUAGCACUUACAGCUGUGUACAGCUAACUAAAUGUUGGUGUUAUUGUUAGCAGCAUAAAACCAAGCUAACCAAGCUAACAUUUAGCAUAUCCAACCUUAUGCUAGCUGUUUGUGGUUCUUAUAGCCAGACAAAUAGUUAAUGUUUUUGUUAUUAAUUAAAAAAAGCUGCCUGUCUCAUUAAGUUAGCAUAACCUUUAGCCUAGCUUAGCAUAAAGACUGGAAGCAUGCUAAGCUAGCUUCUCUAAAAUAGAAAUAUAAUCCAAACGUCUGAUUUACACGUCUGGUUUGUGUGUAGCUAACAGUCUAGUUAGCAUCACAGCUAUUUGUUUACCAACAACAGUUGCGAGGCUAGCCGAUUCCCCCUCUUUACAGUCUUUGUGCUAAGCUAAGCUAAGCUAACAGCUAACAGACUGAAGAUGUUUUCUGUGUUCGGCUGCUUCUGUAACAAUAACUGCUGCUAGUUUAUGUUUCUGUUUGUUUGUUUGUGUGUUUACGUCUGUAUUUAUCUCUGAAUGAUUUAUUUUGUUAAACUGUAAAUUCUGUAAAUGAGCUGAAAGAAUAAAAAGUAGUUUUUCUUGUCUUUAAUAAUGUUCCUGACAGCUUUCUCUUGUUUUCUUCGUGAUAAAACGUGUUUAUAUUUGA